UUUCUCUCAGUUUGGUGAUAGCUGGCGGAGUUCAGAGGCGAACAGCGACCACAUGACAGCUCAGGAGGAGCCGCGCCGUCCGCUGCGUAACUCCAGCCGGACGUGAGUUCAGCCCGCGGGCUGGAGCUGGACGCGUUGAGCCGGCGUGGUGCGUUUGCGGACAGUUACGACGAUGCCCAUUUAAACUGGGGAGGGAGAAAGUCACGUUCCUCCAAGGGAGGUGGGGUGGGGUGGGGGGGGGGGGGGGGGGGGUAAGUUAACAGCUUUCACGGCUGAAUGUGGAGGUUGUGAGGGUCGAAUACGGAUGGGUUUUUGUUUUCUUCUGCGGGUAGAAAGACACUUUCUGGAGUUAUUGAUAAGUGAGACGUUCACGCGCGCGGACGUUUCCUCCGGCUACCAGUUCACUGACGUUAACCGGGGACUGAAGCGCGAAACUAUUUGACAUUUUGUAUUUCAGGAAAACCGAACUGGGCAACCUGCUGCUGGUUAAUGCCAAUUUGACCGACGCCAUAAGUAACAACUAAAGAAGAGAAAAGAGACGACUUUAAGACCAGAAGAACCACACGUGAAGUGAACCUGUCACGGUAACGUCAGCUAUUGAGAAGAAACCCGAGUCGUUGUUUGAGAGAGAGAGAGAGCCCCCGAGACAUGAUGUCCACUGGAGCUGAUAGCUGACACUGUAGAAUGAGAGAGGAUGGAGCAGCCAGACAACCCUGCCCCCGCGAGCAACAACCCUAAUGGGUUUGUCAACCGAGUGUUUAAUGUUUCUCUGGACGUGGAGAAUGAGACCAGCAGUGUUUAUAUUCAAGAGACCGGUCCAGGGCCUGCAGAGGGGCAGGGAGAGACCCCGGCUGCCUCUUCUCAGACCCAUGUCAUGGAGAGACAGGAGGUCAACCGGAGGCCCCGUGCCACGGGGGGCAUCUGGAGGAUCUUGAACCGAAAGAGAGCCGGUUCAGAGCUGGAGCGCAGACCCCACUCCAUGAUCCUGCCCGGGGAGGCGUCCGUCCCUAAACUGUCGUUUGCUGACAAAGUUCGCUCCUUCAAGAAGCUUAAAUCCCCCUCUGUGUUUCGAGGGAAGACGGAGAAGUUGUCCACGGCCAAGUUCGGCAGCUCCUUGAUGGAUGAGGAAUCUUUCUGCAGGGACAUAGGCACUCCUCAGCAGUCGGGCAGGAGCACACUUAGACACCGUGGCAAGAGGCACUCCUAUGCGGGCCACACAGCGGAAUUCGACUGCUCGUUCGAAGACAUCGACCUCACAGCUCCUAUAGACGGCCACCAGCCUGCUGCAAUGGGAGAAGCCAUGAACCAGAAUGGUUGUAAACUGUCAGAAAGAGUUUGCUAUACUAAAAGAAGCCACGGAAAUUCAAACAACUGCAACAAAACAGCUGCCUGCUGCAGCGAGCCGAGCGUUAAAGGUAGCCCGAGCACACACCACGGUCGAGGAAGGAGGCACAAAGAUGUGUGGAGUUACCUGAGGAGGAUUUCCAUUUUGGGGAAGGCCAAUCCCGUCUACUCAGAGAGGAGCUUUGACUAUGAGCUUUCCUCUUUGGACAAGACCAUGGACUCAGACUAUGGUUCUGUUGACUUUGAGAGUGUCAGAGACUUCCAGCCACCGCCCCCAAAACACUCUGACCCCAAGGGGCACUUUGGUGGUCUGUUCAAGUUUUUCAACAGUGUGGCAGAUACGGCCAGAAAAUGGCGGACAACGACGCACUCCUUCUCUCCUCCAGAGGGAGAAAGGACACCGAUGGGCUCCCCACGGCCUCCACAACCAUCGGUGGACAGCAUUCACAGUGUGUCCCUGACACUCCACAGUGAAGGACUUCCGAAAUCCCAGCCGACGCCGUCAUCACCAGUGACCACUAAAUCCUCACACUCAGGCAGCCUCGACAACGAGGCCCCAGAACCUGUGCCAGUUGGACGCUCCCCCAAGGUGGUCCUGAAAGCCUUUAGGGCAUGCCCAGGAGCUCGAGCUGCCAAUGGCCUUCAGAGUUCUGAGGGCACAGACAAACACGUAGACAGAGACACAAACCACAGGUCCACAGCCAUAGUAGAGAAUCACAUCCCCCUGUCAGGUCCAACUGCAGAGACUACAAAAGAAGCAGAGGUUGAAAGUGAUCCAUUAAGCCGUCUCUGUGAAGAGGAAAAGGUAGAGGGGCAGACAGGAAAUGAGCAGGAUUCCAGGGAUGCUCCACCGUUCACCCAUCAGAUACAGGAAGUGAGUGUCCAAUCACAACAAGGUGAUAAAGAGAGCACGGCCAAUAUUGAACCCGCAUCCGAUUCCACAGAGGAAAUAUUCAAGCUGUGUGAGCAGAUUGCCAGCCAGACAGGCUGUGGUGUAAGACAGCCGUGCCCAGCCGGGCCCGACUCGAACACAGAGAAGACCUCUGUGCCUCACAAGCCCCCGCGCCCUCGUCCUCGCCCGGCCUCAGCUGCACUGGACCUGUGGAGGCCCAGCCCGGACCGAGAUCUCUGCAGCCACUACAGCGAGGUCGGCUCGCUGUGCCGCUGGAGACGCAGGCCUGCUCCCACCAUGCAACAGUCUCCGGGGCAGAGACGGCUGGCUGCUCGCUCCCGGCCCUGCUCUGUCAUAGAGACCAGUGUUACUAGGGAGAUGCAGUCCACGGAGCUGCACCACAGAGCCUUGUCUCGCCCCCCGGGUGUGUCACCGUUAGAGCCCCCGCUAAGGGCUUCUCUCCUGCGGAGCCGCUCCCUGCCGCUGCCCCCCAGCAUUCUCACCGCCAUGGCGCUGCUCCUUCCUCAGUCAGACGUGGGUCAGUCGUCAUCGACGGUGCGCCUGCGGUCUGGAGGCUCUGGUAGCUGCAGGAGGAGGAGGCUGUUGAGACCAGGAUCAGAACCACUGCAGGUCAACGUUUUGAUAAGUGGAGGUUCAAUCGUCAACGCUGAGGCGGUAUGGGACCAUGUGACCAUGGCGGACCGGGAGUUGGCGUUUAAGGCCGGUGACGUCAUCAAGGUGCUGGACGCCUCCAACAAGGACUGGUGGUGGGGCCAGAUUGAUGAGGAGGAAGGAUGGUUCCCCGCCAGCUUUGUACGGGUGGAACCCCACCCUCCUCAGCCCCAAACAAAACAGGUUUUCUAUAUCAACCCCAUAGCAACUCCACGGUUCCAAAACACCACGUCAAAGCUGUGGGUAAACCAGGAGGACUUGGGAGGGGAGCCCUCCGAGGGGACCAGCGAUGUGCAGAACGGGCACUUGGACCCGACCAAUGACUGCCUGUGUCUGGGCUCGCCCCUCCAGAACCGAGACCAGAUGAGAGCCAACGUCAUCAACGAGAUCAUGAGCACGGAGAGACACUACAUCAAACACCUCAAGGACAUCUGUGAGGGCUACCUGCGCCAGUGCAGGAAGCGCGUGGACAUGUUUAAUGAUGACCAGCUGAAGGUCAUCUUCGGGAACAUCGAGGACAUCUUCCGCUUCCAGAUGGGCUUUGUGAGAGACUUGGAGAAGCAGUACAACACCGAUGACCCCCACCUCUCUGAAAUCGGACCAUGCUUUUUAGAACACCAAGAUGGUUUUUGGAUCUACUCAGAAUACUGUAACAACCACUUGGAUGCCUGUAUGGAGCUGAGCAAACUGAUGAGGGAUGGCAGGUACCAGCACUUCUUCGAGGCCUGUCGCCUCCUCCAGCAAAUGAUUGACAUUGCCAUAGACGGCUUCUUGCUCACCCCUGUCCAGAAAAUCUGCAAAUAUCCACUCCAAUUGGCUGAGCUUCUCAAAUACACUGCGCAGGAGCACAGUGAUUAUCGAUACGUGGCAGCAGCGCUGGCAGUAAUGCGGAACGUCACUCAGCAGAUAAACGAGAGGAAGAGGAGGCUGGAGAACAUCGACAAGAUCGCCCAGUGGCAAGCCUCUGUUCUGGACUGGGAGGGGGAUGAUAUCUUGGACAGGAGCUCGGAGCUCAUCUACACUGGGGAGUUGUCAUGGAUCUAUCAGCCCUAUGGACGCAGCCAGCAGCGAGUCUUCUUCCUCUUUGAUCACCAACUGGUUCUCUGUAAGAAGGAUCUGAUACGCCGGGACAUCCUCUACUAUAAAGGCCGCAUCGAUAUGGACCGCUACGACGUGCGGGACGCCGUUGACGGGCGCGACGACGACUUCAACGUCAGCGUGAAGAACGCCUUCAAAUUGUGCAACAAAGACAGCGAGGAGCUCCACAUCUUCCUGGCCAAGAAGCCAGAGGAGAAGAUCCGCUGGCUCAGGGCCUUCCACGAGGAGAGGAAGAUGGUGCAGGAGGACGAGAAAAUCGGUUUUGAGAUCUCUGAGUACCAGAAGCGGCAGGCGGCCAUGACGGUGAGAAAGGUGACCAAACAGAAAGGUGAGGCAACAAGAAGAUAUCAGGUGUAAACAGGUGCACGCCCCCCUCAUACCCGCCCCCCCAGGACCCCCUCAGUGCGGGGCAGUAUGAGGUAUCGGAGGACAUGGCACAAGGAGAGGUUUUUGAAUUCAGUCAAUCCAAAAGAGGCCAGGCUCCUUUCUGGCAUAAUUUUAGUAGAUUAGCUCCAUUUAAGAAAUAGAGAUACACAGACUCUUCUGAAGGACCAGCUAUUUUUCUUAGAAGCACUAAACACUGGAGGAUCAUGUCCCGUGACGAAGAAAAUACGAAACACACACACACACAGAAGAGACUUUUGAAAUCAUGGACCAUUGUUAAUAUAGCGUGUGACUGGCAGCAGCAAGAGGACUGAAGACUUGGAUUUCAAACAUUUGAGAAAAAUAACAAAAACUUUAUAAUUCAUAUAUGUCAGUAACGUUCUUAGUUAUCAUGCUUUUCCAGCUGAGUCGCCUGUCAUGAACUCUUUCCCUCGGAUUCUGCAUCUUCACGCCAUCUGAAUGUCCCAGAGUUAUUUAGAUUGUCAUAUUAAUCCAUUUUGAGUCCCAUCGUCUGGAGGGAAACACACAGGGCCGAGGCGGGGCCGUUCCCAGCGGUGUGAUUGUGUCGAUCUUGCCGUGCUGCUAUGUGAGAUUGCUUGUUGCGUACUUUCUGAAUGUGAGAUGGAAUAACGACGGGCCCCCCGUGGCCUCUGAAGGACCUGUAAAGAGUUAGACCCAUUCUCCCACUGAUCACAGACCAGCCAGGCCAUCUCCGCUCAACCGACGUCUGCGUCUGGAUCCCCUCCUCACUCUCAACGCUCCAUGUGUUCCUCUUCUCUAGCUGCUCACAUACAGUUACCCCCCCCACCUCACCAGGUCUGACGUUUCACAGUGUCUCCCUCACUCUCCCCAUCCAUCUCCUGUCCUCUCUAUCUCUCUACCCACCUGCUCAGCCUGCGUGAGCCAGUGGCUCUCGGAGGACGAGCUCCACUCUUUUGGAAACCUGCCAUCGGCCAUGAUAUGAUGGGUCAGGGAACAGAUCAAUAGUUGGAACAUCAAUAGAAUAUUUACAUCCUUUCACUCACCACUGUUGACAGGGUAUUCAUAACCGCUCAUGCCGACGAUUCGACGAGAGAGCUUUUGGCGCUCAGAUGAAACGUCUGGGAGCAGGAGAUAGGCAGUGCUGCGGUCCAAUUGCCUCGUGUCAGAGCCCCUCCCCUCUCUCCCCAGAGACCACCCCUGUAGCACUGUGCUGGCAGCUCACUGGGCGUUUGGAGAGAAAACAGACGCCCUCCGUAAAUCCACCGAGCGCUAAAAGAGAAGUUGAAGCAUUGGCCAAGGUCUAAACUAAUAUCUCUUUUUCACGUCAGCUGUCAAAACAAAGACUCCUUCGGUUGGCUUAAUUAUGUUUGCGUGGCUCACUCUGUAGAAAGCACAGCACAUGUUCGGUCCGAGGAGCACUCUUUCCCCUCGUUUAAGUCAGAGCGGCGCCAACGCGCCGCACUGUGAGAAUUUGGAACAAACCCUUAACCAGCACAAGGGGAAAUGGUCAAAAGACUAAAUUAUACAUAAAUAUAUGUUUAAAUGAACAGGACGACAAAUAGCGGUUAGUUGUGAGUCAGCUAUGAAAGAACGUACACUGCAGUAAGUGUGAGCCGCCACCAUGGGGAGGCAGAAAGGUGACUUUAAUCUGUAGCAUGCAGGUGUCCUCUGACAGAUUCAUGCAUCUCUGAAGGCUGCAGCUUCAAAUCUUGGCACUCCAGAUCUGAUCCAUGUUCUGGCAGUUAGCUCGGCCCUGUUAAGUGAUUUACACGGGACGGCGGCCGGAUCAGAUUGUUGUGUAUAAUGUCUCAUGUCUCCGAAGCUGCCGUGUGCGAGAACACAGAUGGUAGGAACCAGAGGAUCUAAACACAAUUGAAAUGAAGGUAUAUUGUUUUCUACAGUUGGAAUGUAAGUGGCACACAAGUCCGUGGUUUGUGAUCCUAUUUUGACCUCAGAUACAGAAGUAUACGUUUUGUGUUGAAUUAUAUCACCUGAUGGGACAGUACAUAUACAGUAUGACAACUUGUGCAAUGUGAUAUAGCAUCGUAUAUCUUCACUAUUCACUACAACGUGAUAUGAAAGAGUUAUACAUCGUUCUAUGUCAUUUGUUUGCCUGCUUAUAGGCCUUAUAACCUAUUGGAGAGGAGAGAAAAGGAGAGAGAGACCGUAGAAUGGCUUUGUACGUUGUGUAAGUUGUGUUUUUGUUUCAGUAAAGAAGGUUGAGAAAUGCGUGAGUUGGCUGCUGGUGUCUGUAGAGAUGGCUCCCAGUGAGAUUGUUUUGGAAGAUAAUUCCCUGGUCUGGCACAGCAAAAAGAUAUGGUUCCCAGGCCAUGAUAACCACAGGUCCCGUGCUACGCCCCCCCCCCCCCCCCCCCCCCCCCCCCUCCCCCUCCCCAUUCCCCUACUCCACGCCACCGACAUACAGACACAAGCAUGCAGGCAAACACACACACACACACACACACACACAAUCAUGCGCACUUGCUGGCCCGUUCUGCUGCGGAGAAGAGAGAUGCUAUCUAACAGUGCCUUCCAGCAUUCCACGAGUGAUUAUCUAUUCAGUUUCACAGGCAGAUUUGAAUUAGUCAUGUAUUUUCCCUUCAGAGUGGGACUUGCAUCUCUCUCUCUCUCUCUCUCUCUCUCCCUCUCUCUCUCUCUCUCUCUCUCUCUCUCCCUCCCUCCCUCUCUCUCUCUCUCUCUCUCUCUCUCUCUCUCUCUCUCUCUCUCUCUCUCAUACACAAUGGGAAUUCCUCGUUCCCCAGUGCAUGAGAUCCACUCGGACAGAAACUUAGAGGUCAGGCCUUUUCCAUAUGAUACUGUGCCGUCUGACUGAAACACACCUUAUUAUAUUAUACCACACGUACAUAGCGGUAACUUUAUUGCACAAAAAGAGGUUAAUUCUAAUUUCAGAUGUUUAGAAACUGCAUAGAGUUCCUUAUUAAUUGUUAUAUUUAACAUGCUGACAGAUGCUUUCCUUUGAAUAUAUAGUAGGAAGCAGAUUUUCAUUAGUCCAGUUAGGUUUCACUAGGUUUUCACUUUUCAAAGUAUAUUAUUAGCGUUCAUUAGUUAUGAAUCAAAAGAAGAAUCAUCUAUUUUACCUUUAUCAGCUACACACUGUAAAUAAUGUAAAAAGAACAGAUCAUAUAUUUGGAUAUUGGUAUUUUGCGUUGGAGACGAAUGUUGUUCCAGUUCUAGCGUGCGUUAGACCUCAGUACCAGGUAAAUGCAUGCUCGUGGCAUCCAAUAUUUUGCAUGAGACUUUAGACAACUCUUGACAGAUUGUUUAGUUUCAUUUAACUUCCAAUGGGAUUUUUAUUUCCACACCGCGGAACCAUUUCAUUGGUGGACCCAUGCCAUCUCACUAAGGGGAGCUCUUUUCUCCGUCCACCACGUCUCCUGCUCACGACACAUCACAACAACAGUUGUAGCGUCUGUUUUUAUUUAUUCCGUAGAGGGGAUGCAUCUUUCCUCGUGCUGAAUCGAAAGACUGAACUGUGGAGAGGCACUGACGCUCUCUUUGCCCAGAUACAUUGGGCACUACCAACUGAAAACUUAUCCUGAAGUCUUUAUUUGCUCUUUUCUUUGACUCCAACCUGCACUGUCAUGGUCCAAACAGCCGGUUAUUGUUUUGGGAGAUCCAUUAACCGCUGAGGAAAAACGGGUAUCAUUUUUCUAUGACAACAGUGAACCAAAUAGGAGUCAGCACUGAUCAUGGGUGUUUGUGUAUAGAUUUGUAGUCAAGCAGAAGAGCUGAAUAAAUGCGAAACCUCUCGGGAUGAGCUAAAAAUAAUCAUAAUCCUGAAGACGCACACACACACACACACACACACACAGUCCUUCAUUGCAAUUCAUAUCAUGCUCUUGUUUCUACUUAAGAAAUGAUUCUUUAAAGUGUGCAAUGACUUGACAGUACACAUUAAUUCCUCACUUGUAUUUAUUGAAUGAAGUAUUAAACAGAACCAUUUUGGCCACAUUGUUCAAAAGGAUGUGCACAUUAUUUUUUAUUUCUUAUGAUAUAAUUAUCAUUCUGACCCUGUGCUGAGAACUGAGAGGACAGCGUUCUGUGUGGAAGAUUUCUUUUCUUUUCUUUCUAUUUCCUUUUAUGAAACCAAGACAGCCAACUUAGCAGACUGUCGGUCAGAUGCAUCAGAGGUUGCUCAGAUUUAUGUUUUCCUUUUUAGUCCAGGGUGUGCGUGACGCUCACAUUUAGGAACUCCUCGCAGUGUUGUGUCAGAAUAGUCCGGGUACAAACGAGUCUUCAAUGAGCCAUAUGCUGGUGUGCUGUUCAAUGACAACAAGGUAAUCGGAAGACUGGCAUUCAUUGUAUAUUACCAUCUAGUUAAGGUCUGGAUCUUUUGCCUAACACAGAAAAAUGUACUCACAGUAUCCAUAUCCUUUGUCACCAUAUGCAAACAUUUGUCAUUUUCUUUCUUGCUGGCCUUUUGAGUUUGAUUAUUUGUUGUAGAAAUGAAAAACCUGAAAAAUAAUGCCUAUUCAAUCCAGAAACUGUGAAUGGGAGCGUGGAGAUGUCAACUGUAUGUACAUUCUAUGUUUUGAUGUAAUCAGAAGCACUGGGAAUAUGUUGUACUUCGCUGUAAAAAUAAAUCCAUAUCUGAUAUAGCUGUACUUUUGUUGAAAAUAAAACCUCUACAG